AUGAGUCAUGGGCCUCAUGAUGGUUACGAACAAGGCGCCCCAUCAUUCAUUUCGUCUCUGAGAAGCUUCUAUCACGUGACUGAAAACACAAACAUCAGUGUCACGUGUUUAGCGAGCGGUCGCCCAGCUCCUAACGUCACGUGGUACACAAAGACUUCAAGGUACCAACUGGCUAAUGGGAUAGGAAGUGCUACGCUGAGUUUAUCAAAGAUCCAGCGAAAUCAGUCAGGAGUGUACGAAUGUCGGGCCAUCAAUGAUGUGAGAAGGCCACCCAUCACCACUAAGAUCACUAUCAACGUGCAAUACAAACCAGAGAUGCUCGACUCCACCCAAAAUACCUCCUCUUGGAAUGGUCGACUCCUGAGCCUGCAGUGCACAGCCAGAGGUUCACCUUACCCAUACAUCACGUGGUACAAGCCUGAUGGACAGCUUAUCAAAGUAGGAGCCUGUUCAAUCAAGGACGGCAGCCUGCUGCAGAUACGCACAACUCAAUACACAGGGGACUAUGGAGAGUACAAAUGUCGCGCCUCAAAUCUAAUAGGGUCAGCGGAGGCUGUGAUCCACGUGAUGCAGUGGCUGAUUCCUGGUCCUCCCGUAGUCAUGGUAACGGAUGUCAAAGCCUCGUCAAUCAAUGUCAAAUGGAGCCCUCCUACAUCUAAUGGCGGCAGCCCUGUCAUCGACUAUAAGAUGAAAGUCGACAAAGUAAAUCUUGCCCGUGAGGGGAUGGCAGGGGGAUCGGUUGUCAUGGUUGGUCUGACGAGAGACACUGAAUACACUGUGAAAGUGUUCGCUCGGAACGUGGUCGGUUAUGGCGAGGCUGGCACGAUUACUAUCCGAACAAAACGACAAGGCCCGCCAAGUUCGCCAGAGUUGAAUAUUAAAGCAAAUGCAACAACGGGCUCAAAGAUCACCCUAGAAUGGAGCAAGCCAGACGAUAAUGGUGGCGUUAUUCAGUUUUACUCCUUGUACUGCCAGGUAACUUUCCCUGACGGACACUCAUCAGGCUGGAAGACGCUAGCCAACAUGACAGACUCCUGCGUACUGCACUAUACAUACGAGGGUACGAGUCCAGGAAGGACUUACAGAUUCCUGGUAACAGCUACCAACCAGUACGGGGAGAGCGUGAGGGAUUACGCUCAAGCGAGGGAGGUGCUUGCCUGGGAGCCAGGUGCUAAGAACGAAUCAGAACCAUUCGUCAGAGGCUGUGAAUCUUGCGUGUUUGUUACGGCCGCUUGUUCGACAAUCAUUGCUGUUCUCCUGGUUUCAAAUCUGAUAUCUUUGGUCUACAUAUACCGAAAAGGUAGAUCCAAGCAGGAGUCCAGGCUUCCGCAAGGAGCACGGGAUAACGCGGUAGACUAUGAGGACCCAAUAACAAUGAACACUUUUGACCCAGUCACACAAAUUACCCAGAGUUCAUCAUCGCCUGCCUCAAGUGACGUCACCUAUGAAAUCCCUGACAACCAGUCUGAUGACGUCACAGCGACAAGCCCAAGAACCUACCAACCCUUAGACCGAGCCGAUCCUGCUGGGCGUGGUCAAGAACAUGCACCGCGUGAAUACGAGGCUAUGGGUGACGGCGGUCCCCCGGGGGGUGGUGAGAGGCAUUACGCGGAGCUGUCGAGGAAAUCACCAGAGUACCAGUCACUCCACACGUAUGGAAAUGUUUGAGGAGCGAAAGAGCAAAGACUAGAGUACCAGUUGAAAUGUUUGAGGAGCGAAAGAGCAGAGGCUAGAGUACCAGUUGAAAUGUUUGAGGAGCGAAAGAGCAAAGACUAGAGUACCAGUUGAAAUGUUUGAGGAGCGAAAGAGCAAAGACUAGAGUACCAGUUGAAAUGUUUGAGGAGCGAAAGAGCAAAGACUAGAGUACCAGUUGAAAUGUUUGAGGAGC